AUGGCGACCAAGAGCAGCAGCAGCGACGAUGAGCCGGUGUUGCAGCACCGGCGGUCAGACCUUGCUGCUGCCGCCGCCGCCGCCACCGCCGAGCACCCUCCAGAGGCGCCGCCAGAGCAGGAGCAGCCAGGGGUGCGCCUGAGCCGCCACGGCUCCGGCAGGGGUCUGACGCAAGCUUCGCGCGAGAACACUGCAGACCCAGAGGCGGAGGGCGGCAGCGGCGGCAGCCGACCGCUGCAGCGCCGCGCAAGCGGCCGCCAGUCCAAAACGCAGGCGCCCAAAAGAGGGGGCCGGCGGCGGCUGCAGGAGGAGGAGGAGGAGGAGGAGGAGGAGGCUGACAUGCACCCCGAACCGCCGCAGCCCACCACCACAGACAUCCCCUUCACUCGCGAGGAGCUGGUCGGGUGUGAGCUCAAGGUGUGGUGGUGGUCUUCCGACGACAACACAGAGGGCAGCUUCUAUCAUGGUCGCGUGCUCGAAUACCUGCCCGCAUCCGACCAGCACAGGCUUGAGUACCCAGACGAAAUCGCUGAGCACACCCUGGCAACCGAGACGUGUGUGCUGUGGAAUGUGGAUGAGGUGGCCGACCCGUUCGCCCCUGGGGCGGUGCUGACGGGGCCUGGGGCGCGCUGGCAGGGCCAGGCAGCGGGGGAGCAGCAGCAGGGCGAGGCGGGGCAGGGGCGGGGGCGCAAGGGCAGGGGGCGCGCGCGCGGGCAGGGCGCCAGCGGCGGUGAGGAGGCGCCGGCGCAGCGGCGGCGGGGAGGCCGCGGGGGCCGCCCGCGGGUGGCGCGGCAGGCAGCGGAGGGGGCUGGCGAGCCGGGGCCUGCAGCUUCCGGGGAGCUCUCAGGGGAGCUGUUUGCCACGCUGGGCCAGAUCACAGCGGGAACAGCAGCCAUGGAAGCUGAGAUGGCGGCAGCCGGGGCGGCGGAGCCAGGCUCCGCCGCCGCCGCCGCCGAGCAGCAGGCGGCACCUGCAGCGCUGCCCGUGCCGGGAGGCCCCACGCCAGGCAGCAGCGACAGCAAGCAGCAGAUGGCGGCCCGGGUCAAGGUGCGCAGCUGGGCGCAGGCUGCGGCCUUCCCAGCAGGCGCCCCUGCCGGCUCAGGCAGCGUGGACCAGCAGCAGCAGGAGCAGGCGCAGCAGCGGCAGCCGCACCAGGCAGCCACCAGCAGGCUGGCGCCCGCGCAGCCGGCAGCGGCGGGCGAGGCGGCGCCGGCUGGCGCCUCCCCUCCGCCCUCGGCCGCUGCUUCCGCAGAGUUUGGGGCUGGCGCGGCUGCCGUGGUUGCUGGGGCUGCUGCUGCCUCCGCAGCCGCCCCACCAGCAGCAGCAGCAGCUGCAGUGCCAGGGCCUGGGCAGCCUGCCGCCCCUGCUGCUGCGCCAGAGGAGGCUGCAGCCCCGGCAGCUACUGCCGCGCCGGAGGCUGGAGCGGCGGCCCCGAGCGCAGCGGCGCCGCCUGCAGCCACGGAAGCCGCGGCAGCUCCAGCCCAGGCUGAGGCCGAGGGAGAAGCAAUGGAGGGCGUGGAGGAGCCUGCGGCGCAGCGCAGGGCAGGGCGCCACGGCCGCAAGCGCGCGCGCGGGCGCGCGCAGGCGGCGCAGGCGGCGCAGGCGGCGCAGGCGGCGCAGCAGGGAGACCAGGAGGCGACGGAGGCAGCAGGCGCAGCGCCAGCGGAGCCAGCGGCGGAUGCGGGCCUCAAGCGGCGGCGCCUGACACGCACCGCAGAGCCUGCAGCAGGCCCCGCCCCGGGCCGCCGCGGCGGCGCCAAGCCCGCCACCGCCGCCGCUGGUGUAGCGGCGGAGCAAGCGCGCUCGCCCCCGCCGGCGGCGGCGGGCCCUGCCUCGCAGGCGGCAGAGCCCACUCCCGAAGGUUCAGCGGCAGGGCUGGCCUCCCCAGGCAGCGCCAGCAAGCAGCGCCUGCCGCGGGGGCCGGCAUCGGAGGUGCCCGAGCAGCAGCACUCAGACCCGGUUGUGCAUGACCUGCUGGUGAAGCGGGCCGCGCUGCGAGAAGCGCAGGAGGAGUACGAUCGGCACAUGCAGCACGCGCUACAGGCAGCAGACAAGGUGACGGGCCUGAUGCGGCAGCUGCAGAAGACGGACAUCACGAUGGACCAACUCCGGGCGGCGGCUCCAGCCGACGGCGGCCUGCCUCUGCCCAAGAUGGCGGGCCUGCACGCCAAGUGGGCAGAGGGCAGGCGCCACGCCUUCCAGGCAAAGCACAACGAGAUGGUGGGGGCAGGGUCACAGCUGCUGCAUCACUGGAAGGUGCUGGCAGGCAAGGCCACGGGCACUGCCGCACCCGCCGGCGCGGCAGGCGCAGGCGCAGGUGCAGGCGCAGGCAAGAAGCAGCGCCAGCAGGCAACGCCAGGGUCGCAGCAGCAGCAGCAGCGGCAGGGGCAGGGGGCGGGCAGGGUGCCUGCGGCUGUCUCAGUGAUUGAUGAGCUGCUGCUUAGCAGCCAGCCGCAGGCCCAGCAGCCGCAGGGCGCGCCAGCGGCGGCGGCGGCGGCGGGGGGGAGGAAAGCGGGGCCUCUGGAGCCGCCCGCCGCCAGCGCAGGCGCCCAGCAGCAGCAGCAGCAGCAGCAGGGGGAGGCCAAGGAGGCGGCCGCCGAGGGCGAGCCGUUUCUGGCCUUUGAGAGCACAGGCGACUGGCGGCGCGACGCCGCCAUCCAGGUGCUCAUGAUGGCACUGCAUCCCAUGCUGAGCCCGCUGGCCAUGGCGGUGGAGCUGGAGCAGCAGCUGUGGGAGGACUACCGCAAUGCAGACAACACCGCCUCACUCAAGUACCUGCGUGCCGUGCGCAGCGCAUUUGCACACCUGUCACCCGAGAAUGAUGAGCACCGCCCCCUGCUGGCCUACAUGCUGCUGAUGGGGGUGGAGCGGCCGCAGGAUGUGGCGCGGUUCACCCCGGAAGACAUCAGGGCGGCAGGCAAGCAGGCCGGAGCCGCGGCGCAUCGAGCAUGCAGCAGAGAGCAUGAGCUGGCCCGCGAGGCCAAGGCGUUGCGGGCCAUGCAGCGUCCCUCCAAGGGCCUGCUGCAGCAGGCGCUGGAUGCGCUGCCGGAGCAGGCCGCUCCCCCGCCUGCCGCUCCCGUGCCCACCCCUCUGGAGGCCGCCAGGGCGGCGGCUGCCAGGAUCUCAGCCAGCCACGGCAUGCAGGCAGCGGGCGGCGGCGCGCCCCCUCCUCCUCCUCCUCCUCCUCCCGCUGACGCCCAGGGCGCAGCACUGCUGGCGCCGCCGCCGGCCCCGGUGGCGAUGGAUGUGGAUGCAUGA